UGCAAUGUAGUACAAAUAUAUACUAGUAAUCUGUGAUGUAGUAGCUUUGAUGAUUGAUCCCGUAUUUUAUUGUUUGUAUAAACACGAGUGCACUUUUAUAAAAUAUCUAUUUUAUAUUCAAAGCGUGUAAAACUUUUCUCUUCUCUUACUUAUUUGAAACCGCUCGAAAAUGUUUCGUUACCUUACAGUGUUGUUAUUGUUCACCGCUUAUUCUAGUCUAGGUCUUCCCGUGCAAAAUAAUGCGGUUUCUGUGGCAUCCUCGCUACAGCAGCUUUCGAGUCAGUGCGAAAAUAGUUUUGUUUCCAAAAAGCUUUUGGAAAACCUGAGCUACUGCAAUGAUUCAAUGAAGUUGCAUAGCAAGAAAGAAAUAAUGUGUUUGAUGUACUACGAUAUAAAUAGACAGUUAUGUGCGAGUAAACUUGGUUUUGACGACGAUACGAAUAACAAAAUAAACGAGAUUCAAGAACGAAAGACUUUGUGUGGUGUGGCUCAAACUUGGACUUUUGGUAAUAUUCCGGAGUACCCCGAAUAUGCGAAGGUGGCUAAUAUGAUAUUCAAAAAUCAGGAGAAGUGCCUUGGCGCGUGUGCCGUCGUCGACGACAUCGUCAGUGACGACUCCAACUACUACUGUAAGUACUACAACUGGGGUAUGAGUGUACUGAAUCAACCAGUUGCCAACAUGGAGUCAAAAAUGAAUGAUAUCCAAGUGGAGAUUAAGCCCAGCAACACAUCCAUAACCACUUCCACUGUGAACAAUAGUCCCAAAGUAUCUCCUGAAGAAACCAGCGAUAAUCUCAAGCCACCAGUUAACAUUCCAUUGGAAUCGAGCUCUGUUCCAGUGUUAAAUGUGUCGCAGAAGUCUGACAGUCCUCUAGCCAUCCCACUGCCGGAUAUGACAUCAAACAAGAAUGUCCCAAAGCCUGAACAAGAGGAGCCUCCGCUAAAAGUAAAGGAGGAGGAAAAGGAAACUCCAAAAGACAUUAUUGAAAAGCCUCAAGGCGCGGAAAAAGAAAAUAUUGAUAACUCACAACUGAAACCACAAAGCUUUGAUAUGGAUGAAGAUCCAGAAGAUGAUGAGAGAGAUGAUGAUGGUCUCUCUGAAGGUCUUGGUGCUAAUGAUCCCGAUGGAGACGACCAAAGUUUCAAUUCAGAUCCUAAAAUUGAAUUAGAGAAGCCCAAGAUUUCUGAGAAAAGAAUUGAAGCAAUCACUUCAUUCAAUGGAGAUAUUGGUCAAAGAGAAAUAUUCCCCAACAUGCAAGAGACAUUCACGGAGGAUGAUGACCAUUUCUUCCCCUUCUUCAUGACUGCCAUAAUAGUGGUUGUGUUGCUGUACAUUCUGUAUCAUAAUAAGAACAAAUUUACUAAAGUGAUAUUAGGUUUAAUAGUGGAGGGUCGCCAGGGGCGGCGACGCAACAGCCGCGGCCACGCCUACCGCAGACUGGACACGCUGGAGCAGGCCAUGAGCAGCAGUAGUGCCGCGCCGCCCAGCAAGAUCAUAUAUUAAUUAGGUUACAGGCUCUGACACUCCCCUAUAAACCGCAGAAUAUUAACAACACAGUAAAGAGUACCUCGACUUCAAAAGAACUGGUGAAUCUACGCGAGUUAGGCGCGAGGACCACUUUCGAAAUGUUUCAUAAUGCUGAGUUAUUUGAGUAACGCCGCCUGCCGCCGGCCGACAUGACAUAACGUCGAACGUAUAAACGUGAUCUCUUCUGCCUACUACGAAACUGUUUUGAGACUUAAACAAUCGGACGAGAAUGCCGCGUCCUGCACUUAUCAGACGACACCAAACCUGUACUAUAUAAAAUCUACUACGCACUAUUAUAAAAAUUUUAGUACACUGUUAAGAAUGUACUGUAAUGUACUUACUAUUAAAAUGUGUGCACUUUAAAUCGUGUUUCCACGAAUACACUAGAACUGGACGUUGACAUACAAAAUUGAGUAAUUUCCGUCUUUCCUAAAUCCUAAAUAAAUCACGACGAGACGAGAGGUUAAGUUAUCUGUUUGAUCUAUAGAAUCGACUAGUUUGAAAUAUCUUAAAAUCUUACACAUUUUUGUAAUUUACUAAAAAAAAAAACAUAUUGAAAUGAUGAGCUAUUAACAAAUGACUUAAUUUUAUGCA